GUAACGUUGCAGUGACUCUGAACAAGCGUUGCAAUCUGUUUGUUACAAAAUUCUCUUAACUGCCCAACCACACUCACCAAAUCCUAAUUAAGCCCUUUCUCUUAUUUCUCUGAGCUGUUCUGGAGUUAUUGACUUUUGUAUACUUAAACUGGAUUAGUGGCUGUUGGCUUUAUUUGUAGGGCUGAAGAGCUUUGGACAGUAUGGUGAGGUGGUUCCAUCCCAAUAUCACAGGGAUUGAAGCUGAGCGGCUUUUACUGACAAGAGGUGUUCAUGGGAAUUUCCUAGCUCGACCCAGCAAAAGUAAUCCUGGGGAUUUCACUUUAUCGGUUCGGCGAAAUGAAGAAGUGACACAUAUCAAAAUCCAGAAUACAGGAGAUUAUUAUGACCUGUAUGGAGGAGAAAAGUUUGCAACAUUGGCGGAAUUGGUUCAGUAUUAUACAGAGCAACAAGGUCUCUUGCGAGAGAAGAAUGGAGACAUAAUUGAACUAAAGUAUCCUCUGAACUGUCAAGAUCCAACAUCUGAAAGGUGGUAUCAUGGACAUCUAUCAGGUAAAGAUGCUGAAAAACUCCUGACAGAUAAAGGAAAACCUGGAAGUUUCCUGGUGCGUGAAAGUCUCAGUAAACCAGGAGAUUUUGUUCUAUCAGUGUUGACUAAUGAAGAGAAGUUUGAAAAUGGAGACCGUAAGCCAAGAGUAACCCACGUAAUGAUUCGGAAUCAGGACGGGAAGUACGAUGUUGGUGGAGGUGAAAGAUUUGACACACUUACUGACUUAGUGGAACACUACAAAAAGAAUCCAAUGGUAGAAGUUACUGGAAUUGUAGUUCACCUUAAACAGCCAUUCAAUGCCACAAGAAUAAAUGCUGCAAACAUAGAGAAUCGAGUCAAGGAACUUAAUAAAACAGCAGAUAACACAGAAAAGGCCAAGCAAGGCUUUUGGGAAGAGUUUGAGCUUCUUCAGCAACAAGAAUAUAAACUACUCUAUAGCAGAAAGGAAGGACAAAGAAUAGAAAACAAAAGCAAGAACAGAUACAAAAAUAUUUUACCAUUUGAUAAUACCAGAGUUACACUGAAGGAAGUGGAUGAAACCAUAUUGGGAUCAGAUUACAUCAACGCUAAUAAUAUUACAAAUGGAAAACUUGGAGAGGAUUCCAAACAUUACAUUGCAACACAAGGCUGUCUUCAGAAUACAAUCAAUGAUUUUUGGAAGAUGAUUUAUCAGGAAAACGCACACGUCAUUGUCAUGACAACCAAAGAAGUAGAAAGAGGGAGGAAUAAAUGUUAUCGUUAUUGGCCAGAUUUAGAAACAUCAAAAUUGUAUGGUACAAUUUCUGUGCGAAAUCUGAAAGAACGCAUGGCGCAAGAUUACAUUGUGCGCGAACUGGAGGUUAUACAAACAGCCUGGAAGGAAGCACCUAGAUACAUAUGGCACUAUCAGUAUCUCAGCUGGCCAGAUCAUGGAGUGCCCAAUGAACCAGGAGGAGUACUGAGUUUCCUGGACCAAGUAAAUCGUACACAGCAAAGCAUUCCAGAUACUGGCCCUAUUAUAGUGCACUGCAGUGCUGGAAUUGGAAGAACAGGAACCAUAAUUGUUAUAGAUAUGUUGGUAGCUGACAUUAACAGACAAGGUUUGGACUGUGAUAUCGACAUCCCUAAAACGAUUCAAAUGGUACGAAAACAAAGAUCAGGCAUGGUACAGACAGAGGCUCAGUAUAAAUUCAUAUACAUGGCUGUACAGCAAUAUAUUGAGACAGUUCAAAAAAGACUACAGGAGGAACAGAAAAACAAAACAAAGGAACGAGAGUAUUCAAAUAUCCACUAUCUUACGGAUAAAGCAAAAAACAAAAGAUAUCCUGCACCAUCUCGAGCUUUUUCAACGUUAAAAGAACCAUCCUGUCUGUAUGAAAAUUUAAACAUCAAAAGUCCGAAAUCAUCGGGAAGUAGCAACACAAAGAGAUAAAAGCACCAAGGGUAGAGAGAAUUACUUUGGUUUACGUCAAGCUGCUGCCUGCAUUUGUAAUGAGAAUUGCUGUGUCCUAGCUUGCCUGUGGAUCUCUAUGCAGUGCAAUUCUACAAACCAAAUGUCUACAGAAAACUGCCUUUCAGAGACUGUGUUUAAUUUAUGAAUAAGACAUUUUAAAAAUUACACUUGUCAAGCUUGUAUUUAUAUAUUACUUUAAGUGCCUCUUCUUGAAAAUGAUAAAUAAUGAAGUUUAAUUUUAAGAUUUCAUGACUAUUCAAAUACAUUGCAUGCAUUUAGAAAAAAAACAAAUAUUUGACCUAGAAAUCUGUAAAUCCAUUAAUUUCAUCAUCUGCUGCACUGCAUGUUUUCAAGAUGGAAAAAAAGAUAAAUUAUGAUGACAAGAAGUUAAACUAUGACAACUACGUUUUGCAAAUGUGUUUUUGUAUCUAACCAUAAAACAAGCUGCACUGGUGGCACUGCCCAGCUUAACUAAAGAAGCCAAUUGCCUCAGCAACAGUACCACCAGCAGGAAUCAUGUGGUACUGCAACAAGAGAAAGUUUAAAUCUAUUAUAAUUGUUAUUCAUAAUUGUUUUGCAUUGCAGUGAGAUUGUAACAACUUUGUAAAUUUUAAAGUUGAGGAACAUUUGAGAAUCUGUUAUAUUGGGAUUUGCCCAAGCUUUCACUGGCACAACUCGUUGCACAUUAUAAUAUUUGAUAGAAUGGCACUUCUAUUGUAUUUGAAGUUAGUGGAUAUAUCCGCUAGCCAAAAACUAAGAUUUGUGUGUUUUUCUUUAAAAUUUAAGUGUUGAUCACGUCAUUAAUAAGGCAUUCAGUGCGGAAAACAACAAUUUUCUUAAAAGGCAUUUUUUACAUAAUAAAAUAGAUCUCUCAAAGCAAAA